CCCUCUUACACCCCCAGAUGAAAAAUUCAAACUUCAAUCAACGGUUAAACACUAGAGAUCACCAACUACUUUCUCAUCCUUCUGUUCUCUGACUCGAUUCCACGGGUCCGUUAAUUCGCCCUCUUCGCCUUGUCUGCUCCUCCGUCAACACGCAGUUAUCAACAUGCGAACCAAAUUUAGAGCCAUCUGGGUUGCUUUUCUCCUUUCUCUCCUCUUGUCCCCUGCUGUUUUUUCGUUGCCUCAUGAUGGUUUGAUUCGGAUUGGACUGAAAAAAAAGAAAUUGGAUCAAUUAAACCGGUUUGUUGGACAGAUGGACUCUAAGGAAAGGGAAACUGCAAGGGUGCCUGUCAGAAAGUAUCAUCUCUGUGGUAAUCUCAGAGAUUCUGACACUGACAUUGUUGCACUUAAGAACUAUAUGGAUGCUCAAUAUUAUGGUGAUAUUGGCAUUGGUACACCUUCCCAAACAUUCACUGUGAUAUUUGACACAGGAAGUUCUAAUCUUUGGGUACCCUCUUCUAAGUGUUAUUUUUCAGUUUCUUGCUACUUCCACUCUAAGUAUAAGUCCAGCCAGUCAAUCACCUAUGAAAAGAAUGGGACAACUGCUGCAAUCCAAUAUGGUACUGGGGGAAUUUCUGGUUUCUUUAGCCAGGAUAAUGUCAAAGUUGGUGAUCUAAUUGUUAAGAAUCAGGAUUUCAUUGAGGCAACCAAAGAAGCUAGCAUCACAUUCUUGGCAGCCAAGUUUGAUGGUAUUCUUGGGCUUGGAUUUCAAGAGAUCUCAGUUGGAAAAGCUGUUCCUGUUUGGUAUAAUAUGGUCGAUCAAGGCCUUGUUAAAGAACCAGUUUUUUCAUUUUGGUUGAACCGUAAUAUUAAAGGAGAAGAAGGUGGAGAAAUUGUGUUUGGUGGGGUUGAUUCUAAUCAUUACAAGGGUGAGCACACAUAUGUUCCCGUGACCCAGAAAGGCUACUGGCAAUUUGAUAUGGGUGAUGUCCUAAUUGAUGGUGAAACAACUGGGUAUUGUUCUGAUGGUUGUAAGGCAAUUGCUGAUUCUGGGACCUCUCUGGUGGCUGGUCCAACGACUGUCAUUACUCAAAUUAAUCAUGCCAUUGGAGCUUCUGGUGUUAUAAGUCAAGAAUGUAAGAUAAUGGUUGAUCAGUAUGGAAAAACCAUAUUGGAGAUGCUGAUAGCUCAGACACAACCACAAAAGAUCUGCUCUCAAAUGGGUCUUUGCACUUUUGAUGGCACUCGAGGUGUUAGUAUGGGCAUUGAGAGUGUGGUAGAUAAGAGCAUUGACAAGUCAUCUGAUGGUGUGGAUGACGCUAUGUGUACUGCUUGUGAGAUGGCAGUAGUGUGGAUGCGGAACCAGCUUAGGAGAAAUAAGACAGAAGAACAAAUCUUGGAUUAUGUGAAUCAGCUUUGUGACCGACUGCCCAGUCCAAAUGGAGAAUCGGCAGUUGAGUGUAGCAGUCUAUCUUCCAUGCCCAAUGUGUCAUUCACCAUUGGUGGUAAAGUAUUUCACCUUUCACCGGAUCAGUAUGUUCUUAAAGUGGGAGAGGGAGUAGCAGCACAAUGUAUUAGUGGAUUUAUUGCUUUAGAUGUUGGCCCACCUCGUGGUCCUCUCUGGAUAUUGGGAGAUAUAUUUAUGGGGCGAUACCACACUGUAUUUAACUACGGGGACUUGACUGUUGGAUUUGCUGAAGCGGCUUGAUGAAAUCCACGGUUCUCCUUCUCUUGUUAUGCCAGGCGGCCAGCCUGUGGACCAAAUUUCAGAGCUUGCAUGGCUCCUGGGUUGCCACAGUACGUGUUGGGGCCCAUUGGGUUUGCCAAAAGAAGUGGACUUGGGUUGGGCCUCAAGCCAGCCCACCCCUUUGACAUGUUUAGUAAAUACUAAGAUGUCGAUCGAAAACAUAUAAUAAUCUACCUUCUGUUGCUGUUAGAAAAAAGAAGAGUCAAUUUAUAUGUCACAUAAUUAGAUAACAAAAUCUUAUAUAGUUAUAGAAAAUAUACGAAAGAAAUGAUAAACCUAAAAUGAUAUAAUUGUUUUUAAUAUGAGAUAUUGGGUUAUUCCUAUAA